GAUAUUAAAUUCCCAAAAGGGUGGGACACGGUGGAAAAUAUUGAAGAUAAACCCUCGAGCUGCCGCCCUUUCUUUCAUUCAGUGUUGACUCGACUGGCGAAUCAACGAAGGCAAGUUGGUUCUUUCUUCCAAGCAUCGUGGUUCAAUUCAAAUUAACAACGCGAGUGAUGAGAACCCGAAAAAUCCAUUUUCCACCACUUCGACGACAAAGCUAAGUCAAACUUCGAGACCACAAGAGAAUAUACUGAUCGAAAAUUUCUACGCUGAACGUGAGAGGGGGAAAUGGAGAUUCCAAAUUCGCUGCAGAACUUUCACAACAGAGAAAUGACGUUCCCCGUUGUGGCCACGAGGGCAACGAAGAAAGUCCCCACGAAGAUCAACGUCAUCACACUGAGCAUCCCGCUGUCCGACGCGCGAGUCAUCAAUCUCGUUCUGUUAACUCUGGGGAUCAGCCUGAAUUUUCUAAUUAUACUGGCGAUCGUCUGCAAACCAUCCAUGAGAACCUCCUCGAAUCUCUACGUCGUGAGUCUGGCAUGCUCGAACAUGGUGAUCCUGAUCGAACCUCUGGAGGAGAUUCUCAAAUGGUCCAUCGACGUGAACAUGAAGUUAAACAUGGACUACGUGUGCAUGAUCAGCUUCGAUGUUUCCAUCAUCACGCUCUCGAUUUUGAAACUCAUACUGUACAUCGGUAUCUUUCGAGAGCAGGUGUCUUUCGGGCACGAGAUGCUGAAGAAAACCACUACGCUGAAGGGUAUUCUAUUGACGUGGUCCUCGUGCAUCAUAUCAAUCGCCAUUGGACUCCAUAUAUACGACUUUUUCGAAGGGGACAUGGCGGACAUUUACGUGUGGUUCACCAUCAUGUUCAUCGGUAUGCCCAUGAUCACAUCGAUCGCCACUGACGCUCUGAUUAUUUACGAGUUGUACAUAUUGAAAGAGAUCGAGGGAUCGUGGAGGAUGAGAGAGUUGAAGCAAUUUGUUCUACUGGUGGUUAUCUCGAUCGCCUUUCUGACGAUACGAAUGCCGUACCGGUUAGCCAGAGCGAUCAGUUUCUUACUGCCUAAAGCGUCGUGCUGCACGGAUGACAAAAGAGAACGACUUUAUUUCAUGGCCAAAGCUUACCCUACUGCUUUCUCGCUCAUUUACAUCGUGCUGUCGAACGACUUUCACGAAAUCUUCCAGGUGAUCCUAAAAUACCGAUGCUGGAAAUGUUCCAAAGAAACCGGUCGUGAAGUUAUUGCUUGAUUAAUAAGAAAUUUAUCAAUAAAC